AUGCUGGCUGGCUUGCAGUCGCUCCACUCGCCUCCCAUCCCGUAUGUCCGUCUUCCCACUCUAUUGUGUUCAAUCUCUCCUAUCCCUGCUGCGAGCACUCUUUGUGCUUGUACAUACGCCACACACGCGCUCUGCUCCGUCCGUACGGAAGCGGAAGACAACAUACUCGCCAAAAGUGGCCACCAGUGUCCAUAUGGGAGCAGCAGUUUCCAGGCCCCUGGCAACGGAGCGGCAGAACGGAGCGGCAGAACGAGGAAGCAGCAGCUCAAGGAUCGCUCGGCGAUCGUUCGGCCUCAGGUAGUCCAGCGCCAAAAGCUAGCCGCCUGGGCUGUAUUACUCGACAGCUUGGCCGGCACUCGGUACCGCUUGGGCCAGGCCAAUGCAAUGCGAGGUGCGCGGCUGCUCAUGCAAAUGAUGGAGAUGCAGGAUUGCACGCGCGCAAGCGGUUUGUCGAUAUUGGAGAUGCUUGUCUGGUGUAGGAGAAACUCAAGGCGAAGAUGGCUCAAGGCGAAGACGGCCGAUGAGGGCGAGUCGCCUGAGGCAGAGAGCCCAGGUACUUGCCAUGUUUUACUGGUUGCCACACUUCGUCAGUACUGGGUACCGCCUGAUGGCGUCUUGGUCUACGCUAAUUGUAGGACCUCGUUACCUGCAAUAGGCAAAUUUGAUGGUGGACUCCUUGAUCCGCCUCGAUUUAUUCCGUCGAAAUCCGGUGCCACUGCCCUCAGCGCGUUUGUGGCUUGCAAUGGCGUGUCGAAAUUCCGCGCUGCUCAUGACGGUAUAAGUAAUCAAGCGUGGUCACUUGAACACUUGGCUGAGCAGCUAUGGAUUUCGACCGCUUUGCUAGUCGCCGGACCCGACCCACGGACUAUGGCGAAUGCUGCAGAUUUACUGCUUGGCCAGAUCACCAGCCUUAUCAUUUGCUUUUCGUCAGCCAUCACACCGCUCAGCUCGUCCGAUGAAGAACAAGGACUGAUAUGCAACUAUACUGCUCCUCAAUCCCAAGGAAUUACAACGCUGGAUUCGAUCAAGUAG